GGCAUUUUGUAAAUGUACCGUAAGUCUCCCUGUAGAUUGCCUACCCACGUUUGGAUUUGGAAGCUGCUACUUCAGGGGAGACCGAACUAACGCCAGACUUGGAAGAGACGGGUCAGGAAGACCGUUAGAUCGUGUAUAUCUUUUGGCCAGCGCCAAAAAAGCAACAGAUAUGGAAAAGGAGGGCACGGAGAUGGUAGAAGAAACUGAGCACAUGAUAGUGAAGAACGGUGCCAAGGACCCGCAAAAUGCAAUUUCUGCAUCGGAUUCAAAAGAAAUGCGGGCUGUGGUACUGACAGGCUUCGGAGGUCUAAACAAACUCAAAGUAACCAAGAAACCAAUGCCUGAACCCCAAGAAGGAGAAGUCAAAAUUCGUGUUAAAGCAUGUGGGUUGAAUUUCCUCGACCUUAUGGUGCGUCAAGGAAAUAUUGAUAAUCCCCCUAAAACACCUCUUGUGCCUGGAUUUGAAUGUUCUGGAAUAGUGGAAUCGAUGGGAGAAAACGCUUCAGGGUUUGAGAUCGGGGACCGGGUGAUGGCUUUCGUGAACUACAGUGCCUGGGCCGAAGUGGUGUGCACGCCAGUUGACUGGGUCUAUAAGAUACCCGAUGAGAUGACUUUUCCCGAGGCCGCUGCCUUCUGCGUGAACUUUGUGGCUGCUUACAUGAUGCUGUUCGAGGUGGCCAACCUGCGGGAGGGAAUGUCUGUUCUGGUUCACUCAGCCGGUGGCGGCGUGGGUCAAGCUGUCACUCAGCUGUGUGCCACUGUUCCCAAUGUCACCAUUUUUGGCACAGCUUCUCCCUUCAAGCACGAAGCUAUUCGACACUACGUCACUCACCUACUGGACAGAAAUGCUGACUAUGUGGCAGAAGUCAGAAAGAUUUCCCCAGAAGGAGUGGACAUUGUUCUGGACUGUCUGUGUGGAGAGAACACAGGGAAAGGCUUGGGUCUCCUGAAACCCCUGGGCACAUACAUCCUCUACGGUUCAUCAAAUAUGGUAACGGGAGAGACAAAGAGUUUCUUCAGUUUUGCCAAAUCUUGGUGGCAGGUGGAGAAGGUCAAUCCCAUCAAACUCUAUGAAGAAAACAAAGUCAUGGCUGGAUUCUCGCUGCUCAGCCUACUCUUUAAGCAGGGUGGCUGCAGCCAAGUGAAGACUGCUGUACAGGCUCUCCUCAACCUCUACAAUCACAAGAAGAUCAAACCUUUAGUGGAUUCUCUGUGGGCCUUGGAGGAGGUGAAGGAGGCAAUGCAGAGAAUCCAUGACAGAGGAAACAUAGGAAAGCUGAUUCUGGAUAUGGAAAAAUCUCCAACUCCUUUGAUGGCCAACGACAGCACAGAGACCAGCGAGGCGGGUGAGGAAGAGGAGGAGCAAGAGGGGGACAACGACAACAAGGAGCGAAUGCCUUUCAUCCAGUAAGCCCUAAUGACCCCUGGCCCACUUGUGGACACCCCCCUCCCCCCAUAGACUGAGAGACUCCCACAGUGUCAGGAUCAUCCACUUGGCGCCAUGCUGUCGUGAAGUGUAUGAUUGAUUGUGCAUCCCUUGUCUGUCUGACCUGUGGUGUAUUUCGAAAAUCAAAAACCCUCAUUGCCACUUGAAUGCCAUUCCUAGUGCAGUAUUGAAAUGUUGUAGUGUUUGCUCCAAAGUGUUGUUUGAGGUCUCAGUCUUGUUUGCAACUUUUUUUGAGUGUCAUAUGGCAGAAAAAGAGAGUUUCAUGUGAAAGAGAGUGCCAUCAUAUUUGUUCAGGUGUUAUGCUACUGUAUUCGUGGCAGAGGAUAGAAUUACAAAACUGUGCACAUAUAUAUGUGCAACUGUAUUCAGGUAGGUGUGUGUUUGAGUUUUCGCUCAUAUUGCUUUAUCACAGUCAUUUGCUGAAAUUGGUAAAUUAUUCCGUUGGCCACACCAUAUUCAUUUUUGGAAUAGCCAUUUAGCAACCAGACUGUAGUUUUUUUUCAAUCUGGUAACAGCUCUGUAGCCCUUCAGAGAGAGAUUUUCUCAUGGUUUGGUGUCUAAACUCCAUUUGAGAGCACACCGCAAAUACUUUAGAGCAUUUAAUAUUUCCUAGAUAAUCGACGCAAAGUAUUUCUGAAAGCUGUUUUAUGUCACUCCGGUAAGCCAAAACCCAACACCAACCUUGAGAAAGGCAGUGGAUCUGAGGUUUUGCCUUUUGUAACUGUACAUGUGUGUGAUGUAUUUACAUUAUGGUGCCUGCUUGGAAUUAUUGACUUUAACUUAAAAGAAUAAGUGUGCAGAGGACUAAUAGUGUACAAUACCACCCACAUCAUAUAAAUGAACUCUUAAUUCUCUUAAUUAGUUAAGAGAAUUAGUUAAUUAGACUUAAUUCUCAUGUGCCUAUACUGUUCUUGGAAAUAAAUUGAUGUGUGUGUGUGUGUGUGUGUGUGUGUGUGGGUGGGUGGGUGCGGG